CUGAGACACCAAUAGCAAAGCAUUGAAGAUAUUAAAAAUGGCCCAUAUCUCUCGCUCUCCCUGACCAUGUCACAGUCCAACUGCAUCUGCAUUGAUGCUUCUUCUCUCUAUCUCUCUCCUCGUGACUAGUGCCCGCCCUUCGCUGCCAUAACUUUCACAUGCUUUCUCUCUCUCUAAACUUAAAUGCAUCAUUUCUGGCGUGAUAUAGAUGAUUUGCGAGGUUUGUCCAUACAGAGCUCAUCAUCUCUUGAAUUAUGAAGAUCUUCGCUGGUUAAUCGAGGUACCUAUAGCUGUCUUGUGUGUUGCUGGUAGUUAACAUUGUGUUAAAGAAGUCUACCUGCUUGAUAUCAACAUGAGCAACCUCAAGCUAGGGAUAGAUGUGGUUAGUGCUCACAAUCUUUUGGCAAAAGAUGGGCAAGGUUCAUCCAGUGCCUUUGUGGAGCUCUACUUUGAUGGCCAGAGGUUCCGGACCACCAUAAAAGAGAAAGACCUCAAUCCUGUUUGGAAUGAAAGUUUCUACUUCAACAUUUCUGAUCCAACCAACCUCCACUAUCUUACUCUUGAUGUCUAUGUUUACAAUCAUAUCAGAGCUACUAACUCUAGAUCCUUCCUUGGGAAGGUUUGCCUCAAUGGGAAUUCAUUUGUUCCCUACUCUGACGCUGUUGUCUUGCAUUAUCCCUUGGAAAAGCGUGGUAUUUUCUCACGUGUAAGAGGAGAGCUUGGCCUGAAAGUUUAUAUCACUGAUGACCCAUCCAUAAAGUCCUCUACCCCACUCCCUGCAGUUGAAUCCUUGCCACCUAAGGACCCAGGCUUGACUCAUAGGCAGGCUUACACGGUUCACCCUGUCUCAAACUCAGUACCUCCGAACAGAGUUGAAAGGCAUACUUUUCAUCAUCUCCCUAAUCCAAAUCACCAGCAACAACAGCAACCUUCUUCAGCUCCACCCGUCAACCAUCAUGUACCGAAGUAUGUGGCUGAUGAGAUGAAAGCUGAAGCACAACCCCCUAAGUUGGUUCGCAUGCACUCUGCAUCAUCUUCACAGCCUGUUGACUACGCACUGAAAGAGACAAGCCCUCUUCUUGGUGGUGGAAGAGUUGUUGGUGGUCGUGUUAUUCAUGGUGACAAGACUGCAAGCACUUAUGAUCUUGUUGAACGGAUGUUUUUUCUUUAUGUAAGAGUUGUUAAGGCUCGUGAUCUUCCUGCCAUGGAUGUUACUGGAAGUAUUGAUCCAUUUGUUGAGGUGAAAAUUGGAAAUUACAAGGGAAUCACAAAGCAUUUUGAGAAAAAGCAAAAUCCUGAGUGGAACCAAGUGUUUGCCUUUUCAAGGGAACGCAUGCAAGCUUCUGUAUUAGAAGUCGUGAUUAAGGAUAAGGAUCUCGUUAAAGAUGACUUUGUGGGCAUUGUAAGGUUUGACAUCAAUGAGAUACCAUUGCGAGUCCCACCUGACAGUCCUUUGGCUCCAGAGUGGUAUCGACUUGGGGAUAAGAAAGGAGAAAAAAUUAAGGGAGAGUUGAUGCUUGCUGUCUGGAUUGGAACUCAAGCAGACGAGGCAUUUUCUGAGGCAUGGCAUUCUGAUGCAGCUACGCCUGUUGAUAGCAUUCCAGCUGCCUCUACGGUGAUUCGCUCCAAGGUGUAUCAUGCACCACGUUUAUGGUAUGUACGUGUUAAUGUUGUUGAGGCACAAGACUUGGUCCCAUCAGAGAAGAACCGUUUUCCAGAUGUGUAUGUUAAGGUACAGAUUGGGAAUCAGGUCUUCAAGACUAAGACAUGUCAGGCACGAACUUUUAGUGCAUUCUGGAAUGAGGAUCUUUUAUUUGUUGCAGCUGAACCCUUUGAAGAUCACCUAGUCCUUUCAGUCGAGGAUCGUGUGGGUCCUGGCAAAGAUGAGAUAAUUGGGAGGGUCAUCAUACCGUUAAGUUCUGUGGAAAAGCGUGCUGAUGAUAGGAUGAUUCAUUCCCGUUGGUUUAACCUAGAAAAGCCUGUUGCUGUGGAUGUGGAUCAGUUGAAGAAAGAGAAAUUCUCUAGCCGUAUCCAUCUUCGAGUCUGUCUUGACGGAGGAUAUCAUGUUCUUGAUGAGUCAACUCACUACAGCAGUGACCUCCGGCCCACAGCAAAACAACUCUGGAGACCACCAAUUGGGCUAUUGGAACUUGGCAUCUUAAAUGCUGUAGGAUUACAUCCCAUGAAAACACGAGAUGGGAGGGGUACAUCGGAUACAUACUCUGUUGCGAAGUAUGGGCACAAAUGGGUUCGAACACGCACUAUCAUUGACAAUCUGCACCCAAAGUACAAUGAGCAGUACACUUGGGAGGUUUUUGAUCCAGCAACAGUUCUAACUGUUGGGGUAUUCGAUAACAGCCAGCUUGGGGAAAAGGGUGGUAAGGACUUGAAGAUUGGGAAGGUGCGCAUUCGCAUCUCUACUCUUGAAACUGGUCGUGUUUAUACGCACUCUUAUCCCUUGCUGGUUCUACAUCCUACUGGAGUCAAGAAGAUGGGGGAAUUGCAUUUGGCAAUAAGAUUUACUUGUACAUCUUUUGUGAACAUGCUUUAUCAAUAUUCAAGACCAUUAUUACCUAAAAUGCACUAUGUGAGGCCCUUUACUGUGAUGCAGUUGGACAUGCUUCGUCAUCAAGCUGUCAACAUAGUGGCAUUAAGGUUAGGUAGGGCAGAACCUCCACUGCGGAAGGAGGUUGUAGAGUAUAUGUCAGAUGUGGACUCACACCUUUGGAGCAUGCGCAGAAGCAAAGCAAAUUUCUUUAGGCUAAUGACAGUUUUCUCAGGAUUGUUUUCUGCUGGGAAGUGGUUUGGGGAAAUUUGCAUGUGGAAGAAUCCUAUCACAACAGUACUUGUCCAUGUGCUCUAUCUCAUGCUUGCUUGCUUCCCUGAACUCAUUUUGCCCACGGUUUUUCUUUAUAUGUUUCUAAUAGGAGUAUGGAAUUAUCGGUAUCGUCCAAGGUACCCACCCCAUAUGAACACAAAGAUCUCACAAGCUGAGACGGUGCAUCCGGAUGAGCUUGAUGAGGAAUUUGACACAUUCCCUACGAGCAGGAGCCCAGAACUCGUUCGGAUGAGGUAUGAUAGGCUACGGAGUGUGGCUGGUAGGAUCCAGACUGUUGUCGGUGAUAUUGCAACUCAAGGGGAGCGGUUUCAGUCACUAUUAAGCUGGCGAGACCCACGCGCUACCGCCAUAUUCAUUUUAUUUUGCCUAGUAGCUGCACUGGUUUUGUUUGUGACACCAUUUCAGGUGAUAGCAGCUUUGGCAGGUUUCUACGUUAUGAGACAUCCAAGAUUUCGCUACAGGACACCUUCGGUGCCCAUCAACUUCUUCCGCAGGCUGCCUGCUAGGACAGAUAGUAUGUUGUAAAUUGCAUAUUGGUUGUUUCAGCCUGGUCUAUUAUAAUUUGUACGUGCUUUGCUUGUGUUCUGUUUAUCGUUCUCUAUGUGUCUCUUCCUUGCUGUGUGUUGGCCAUCAAAGUUGUAAUUGCGAAGAUAGGUCCUGAAUAAUUUGUAUCCAGCAUAUGUGGCCACACGGAAGUAGAAUAAGUGUUAAAUAGAAGUUUGUUUUAGAAAAAGUUUUGUUCCAGAACAGAUCAAAUGUACCAGGAUAAUCAAGUGAUCAAUCAGUGUUUCUUGUAUUGCA